CGCAGUGCAAUUCUGUUCUGGUUAUCUGCCUUCUCUCUCUCUCAAAAUCCCAAAAAUUUUAUUCUCUCUCUCUGAGCAGAGCACUGCUGUUGGUGCAGAAGACGUCAGUGAGCUAUCUUGCAGAGGUGGGGAGGGUUGCAGAAGAUCAUCCUCACCAUCAUUUCACCACCUCUGCAGUCUGAGAUAUCACAUAUUUCCUCAGCGCACACACUGCCAAGAUCUUAUAUCAAGUCAAACAUCUCAGCCCUCCGACCGAGGAAGCAACAUAAUAGAGACAGAGGCAGGGAGGAGGGAGAAAAGGAAGGGGUGAAACUCAACUCCAAAGGAAGAAAACCCACCAGCUUUUUUCUCCUUCUCCACAUCGCUGCUCGACUGGUUCUUCCAUCGUCUCUGUGGGGUUUGUGGUGAAGAUGAUGUCGAUGGUGGGGGAAACGCCGGUUUUGCCGCCUGGUUUCAGGUUUCAUCCGACUGAUGAGGAGCUUGUUACGUAUUAUCUGGUAAAGAAGGUGAUGGACAGGAGCUUCACGGGGAAGGUCAUCGCAGAGGUUGAUCUCAACAAGUGUGAGCCAUGGAACCUUCCUCAAAAGGCAAAAGUUGGGGAGAAGGAGUGGUAUUUCUUUAGCCUGCGUGACAGGAAAUACCCAACUGGCCUUAGAACCAACAGAGCUACAGAGUCAGGUUACUGGAAGGCCACCGGAAAAGACAGGGAGAUCUUCAGCUCCUCAAUCUCUGCCCUCGUCGGCAUGAAGAAGACGCUUGUCUUCUACAGGGGCAGAGCUCCCAAAGGGGAGAAGAGCAACUGGGUCAUGCACGAGUACCGUCUUGAAGGGAAGUUCAACUAUCACCAUCUCUCCAAAACCGCCAAGGACGAAUGGGUGAUCUGCCGUGUCUUUCAGAAAUCUUCUUCCUCUUCCUCUUCUGCUUCUGGUUGUGCUAGUGGGAAGAACAGCAUGGCGUCUGUUUCUGCAGGGAACUCCUUGUACCUUGGCCUGUUGCCUCCGCUGGUCCCUAAGAUUCUAGAAGAAGAAACAAGGGAGCAUGUGCCCUGCUUCUCCACAGCCACCACCACCAACCUUGUGGACUCUACCUGCAUCGGUCCUCAUCAAAUGGCCAUGGCCACUCUGCAGCCACAGAGCAGAGGUCAGGGAGAAAAUUGCGCACCCAUUUCCACAUAUCCGCCUAUUGGGUACGGCGCUGCCAGCAGCAGCAGCUAUGGCAUUGGGGUGCCAUUUGUCUUUCCCAGCAGCAUGGGUGCUGAUGUUUCUGCCCCUUCACAUUCAUCCCCUUCUCUUGGGUUCUGUGUGGACAAUGGAGGCCGUUUCAGUUCUGAUCUGCUGCCACCAGCAAUGGCGAGGCCAGCAAUGGAUAUGAAGGAAUACAAACCUUCAGAGUUGGAGUGUUUUGGUUUUCCAUGAUCGCCAGAUGUUGAUGCUGGUCUUCUUCAUCCCCUUGCCAAACUUGGCUUUUUUUGCUUCUGCUUUUUAUGACUGUAAUUUCUCUCUCUGAAUGUAAAUCUUGCUGACUUGAGGGAUUUGAAUGACAAGCAUUUGGAGACAACUUUUUUGGUUUCA